UGGCAAUAUUAAACAUAAAGUCAACACAAAACGUACACGCACAAAAAUUAUUUUGUAUUAAAAAUUUAUAGUUUAUAUUAGCAGCAUGGAUAUUGAUCUUAAUGAUGUGGCUGUGACGCCAGAUUUCGAUAUACGCAGCACAUUAGGCCUAGACAACGAGCGCUUAGACUGCGAGCAUCUUGAGGAUCUGACAGAGCGUUGGAUUGAUCCGCAUCGACCUUCGUUCAUUACUGUGCUGAUGCGUUUCUUUGGCAACAUAUUCGUUGAUUGCUUCUUGGCUGUAUUCUCAUAGCCCUUUUUAUAUAUAGUCUGGUAAUAAAUUCGCUCGUCAUAAAACGU